AUCUCUUACGAUAUUAGAAGCCUCUUCUAAGCUGUUUGUUUCUCUCAAACCCUAAACAUGUCAAAAAUAGUUGUGUUCCUUCUGUUACUUGUUGCAUUCUUCAAUCAACUCAUGGCUGUGGAAGAUAAUGCAGCAAAAGUCAGAGUCCUUGCCAUUGAUGGAGGAGGUAUUAAAGGGAUUCUCCCAGGGGUUAUCCUUCAACAACUUGAAGCUGACCUCCAGAAAAGGGACCCAAAUGCAAGAAUAGGAGAGUAUUUUGAUGUGGUUGCUGGGACCAGCACUGGAGGGCUUAUAACUGCACUUCUCACUGCCCCUGACCCUCAAAACAAGGACCGCCCUCUCUAUGCUGCUGAUGAAAUUGUCAAGUUUUACAAAGAGCAUGGUCCUUCCAUCUUCACUCUAAACUUCUCUUGGUAUGUGUAG